CCCAAUCGUAUUUUAUAACGCCUUGCACAUAGUAUUGAAUAUGAUUAAAAACAAGAAAAAAAAAAAACCAAAACCAAGACACCUAAGUCACCCCCUUUCCCUUUUUCUUCUUCUUUUCUUUCUUAUUCCUAUAAAAAAUGGAAAAAGUUAAAGAGAAACUCGCUGACCUUCGUGCGCAAACCGAAAAUGCAAAUGCGUUAUGUGAAGAAUAUACUGCCAAGAUUAAGGCACUAGAACUUGAACAAACACAAAAGGAUCAUGAAAUUCUAUCCCUCAAUAUCCGUGUUAAGAACUUGGAAGCGCAAUUAGAAAAGACUGAAACCAAAGUGAAAACUGUCUCUUCCGAUUUUAAUGAUGCUGGUUUAAAGGCAGAAGAAGCUGCGAAGAAAGUUGAAAACUUAGAAAAUGAACUGGCCGAAAAGGAGCAAUAUUAUGAAGAAUUACUCGAAAAACUCAAUCAUGCAAAGAACGAGCUGGAUGAAUUGGCCCGUCAAUUUGAGGAUAUGUAGAGAGGUGAAGGAGUUCCUCCUUUUAUUUAAAUGAAAAAUAGCAAGGAAAUACCAUUGACUCAUUAUAUAAUAUCGUCCUAUCAAUAAAGCAAGGCCAACAUUAUUGAUAAGAGAAAGCUGGAUAAGCUGUUGACUUUGAACAAUAGCGAUCUAGUGG